CAUCCCAGCAGCCUCUAAGAAAGAAAACUGUCGACUUAAUGGAGAGAAAUAAGAAAAGCCUUUCCCUGUUUAUUCUGCUGCCUGUGCUGCUGCUCUGCACAAGUGAUGAGUGUCCCAGGCUUCCAGAGAAUCUCACUUGCUACACUGACUACAAUAGAAACAUCACAUGUUUGUGGAACAGCAGAUACGUGUCUGAUGACACUGCAUGCACCAUACAUGCUCAGUAUAAAUCUCGCUACAUUUCUUACAGCGCUUCCUGUGAGCUAAAGUCUGUUGACGUCUCCAGACCAGCGCUAAAGAAGUGCUCCCUGAUCUUUGAAAUGGAAUACACUUUUCAGUCUUUCCAUGAGUUGUCCCUUAAUCUGAGCUGCAACCAAAUGAAGCAGAGUUUAAUCACUUCUUUCAUGCCAUCCUGUCACAUAAAGGUGAAUCCUCCUGCAGAGCCAAAAGUCAACUUCACGUCUGUUUCCUGGUUGUCCCAAGUCCCCGAACAUGAAAGGAUCAGUUCAUACAGAAGUGAAGUCGAGUGGAAGAAGCAGGAUCAGUCAUGGAGUGAUCCCGCUGUGCACAGAAAACGUGGCAUUCAGUGUGAGCAGGAGUGCAAGGCAGAGCUGGAGCCAGAUUUGCUGAUACAAGGCGAGAGGUACGAGGCACGAGUUCGUGUGCGGUCUAUUUUUCGGCACCGCGAGGGAGCCUGGAGUGACUGGAGCCCCACUGCAUCAUGGGAGUCACCAGUAGGGAAAAUAAAACCACCAUCAGGUAAUACGUUUGUUGUUCCUGUAACGAUAGUCGGUGUGGUGGUGUUGCUGGCAGGCCUGCUCUUAAGCACUCACAAAACCACCCGGGUUUACAUAAUAAAGAAAAUCAAAGGUCCACCCAUACCAGACCCAGGAAAAUCCUUCCUGCGAGAAAUCCAGAGUGGGUUCUCCAGUGAAUACUUUCACUCCUUCUUGAAAUCAGUGGAAAUGAUCAAUGUAGAAUUAACCUCACCUGUGGAUGCUGCUGUGGCCUACAAGCCAGAUGAGAAGAUGGUGUUGAACAAAGGCAGCUAUGACUCCACCAGCUCCAGCUUCACUAACCCAAGUUACUCUGAGCUUUGUAGCCCUCCUCCUAUUUCCUCACUCACUGCUGGGAAUCUGAAGCCCUGUGCGGUUGACACGCCUUAUGGUCCUGUUGGUACUCAGGGUGAAGGAAAAAGCGCAGAACAGGAAAGUGAUGAAGCGAGAGAGAAAGAAAAGGAGACGUUAAUGCUGCUGCUCAAAGGCAGCAGUAACAGUGAGCCAGUGCAGGUGAUUUCAGACUACGAGAAAACUGAGAGGCUCGACAAUGAUCGAUUUAGGCUCCAGAGUCUAGAUUCAGGCAUGUGCAGUUGUGCAGAGGUCAGUGAAGAGAGCAUGGAGGCAGAUAGCAUCAAUAUGACUGAUAGCCAUGAUGAAGAACCUGAGGCUGAGGAAGAGAAGGAGGGAGGGAAUGAACAAAAGGCAGAUUUUCAGAGGCUGUUUGGAAGCAGCGGAGGUGUGUUUGGCAAGUCUAUCCAGGUUUGUUCUGAUUAUGAGCGAGUGGAGAAACAGCAGGCUGACAGCCCGGAGCUUCCCAGCUUGGAUUCAGGUGUUAGCAGUGGGGGAGAGGAGCAGCUGAGUCAGGAUGAGGGCAUGGAGGAUGCUGAUAAGUCCACUGAAUCUACACGCUUCCUGUUUCCACCUCAUCCUUCCAGUGCUUUACCAUGCUCCCUGCUCUCUUUUCCACAACUGCCUCUGAACUUGCCUGGGCCACGACUGAGUCCAGCUUUGCAGCUCCAGCCAGGUCACAUGACACAGGGGUUUGCUCUGAUGUCAACAGGCAGGUCGGUGGAGCCCUCUGGUGAUGGAUAUAUGCCAGUGAAACAGGAGGAGGGCUGAGAACAGACAGCAGGCUCAACUAGCAGGACAACAUAGCAUGUAGCACUUGGAGGAGUCAUCACAGUCACUCAGUUCUCAGGAAAAUGUAACAUCACAUAAAUCUUUAU